AUGAAGUUCGCCGCAAUCUACUUCGCUGCCCUAACCUUCGUUACCGGAGCUGCUGCUAUAGGUUGCAAAUUCACCGUACUCGAUGGGAAUGGAAAAGAUCAGGCCGAAGGCUGUUGCAUUGGACCAGGAACCAUAAAAGAGGGUGGACUUGUUAUUAAGUGCACCGACUCUUGCGGUUUGUCCGUCACUGGCGGCGAUUCAGGCUAUUCGGUGCAGAGUAACGGAAGGUGCUAA